CAGAUCUUGCCCCUUCAGUCUUGCACAGGUGUACCGGCUCCUCCCCUUCAGUCUUGUGCAGGUUACGGGUUCCUCCCCUUCAGUCUUGCACAGGUGUACCGGCUCCUCCCCUUCAGUCUUGCUUGCAGGUGUACAGGCUCCUCCCCUUCAGUCUUGCACAGGUCUUGCACAGGUACAGGCUCCUCCCCUUCAGUCUUGCACAGGUGUACCGGUUCCUCCCUUUCAGUCUUGCACAGGUGUACAGGCUCCUCCCCUUCAGUCUUGCACAGGUGUACCGGCUCCUCCCCUUCAGUCUUGCACAGGUGUACAGGCUCCUCCCCUUCAGUCUUGCACAGGUGUACCGGCUCCUCCCCUUCAGUCUUGCACAGGUAUAGCGGCUCCUCCCCUUCAGUCUUGCACAGGUGUACCGGCUCCUCCCCUUCAGUCUUGUACAGGUGUACAGGCUCCUCCCCUUCAGUCUUGUACAGGUUACAGGUUCCUCCCCUUCAGUCUUGCACAGGUGUACAGGCUCCUCCCCUUCAGUCUUGUACAGGUUACAGGUUCCUCCCCUUCAGUCUUGCACAGGUGUACACAGGUGUACAGGGCUCCCUCCCCUUCAGUCUUCCACAGGUGUACCCUUCCUCCCCCUUCAGUCUUGCACAGGUGUACCGGCUCCUCCCCUUCAGUCUUGCACAGGUGUACAGGCUCCUCCCCUUCAGUCUUGCACAGGUGUACCGGCUCCUC